AUGGCUAUCUCGCCCCCAGCGGAAUGGGAGGAUAUCGCUGCUGCCAAGCGGGCGGCUCUUAUGAAGUCCAUCCCCGCUGAAUGGUUGAUUCCCACCGACAUCUUGCCAUCGCAAAAGCAACUGGAUGUGACUUCAUUUCCGGAGACAUCGGGAUUGUUUACGCCGCAGGAGCUGGCGAUCACCUCCAGCACGUCGGCAGAGAUCUUGAAGCGCGUUAGAGACAAGACCUGGAGUGCAAAGGCCGUGACCUCAGCAUUCUGCAAAAGAGCUGCUGCGGCACAUCAACUGACAAACUGUUUAUCCGAGACAAUGUUUCCUGAGGCGUUGGCAGCGGCAGACGCCUUGGACGAAGCUUUGAAUCGGACAGGCACGGUUGUCGGUCCUCUGCAUGGCCUGCCUAUCUCGAUCAAGGACAACUUCAAUGUGGUCGGCAAAGACUCGACGGUCGGGUUCGUGUCUUGGUGCAACAAACCGCAUCAGAAGAACAGUGUCCUCGUCGAUCUACUGAAAUCCCUGGGAGCCGUCAUCUACGUCAAGACCAACGUUCCGACCGCGAUGAUGAUGGCUGAGACCGUCAACCACACCUUUGGAAGGACACUGAAUCCCUUGAGACUUACAACUACUCCUGGAGGAAGUUCCGGAGGCGAAUCCGCCCUUUUAGCGUUCCAUGGUAGCCCCUUGGGAGUUGGCACAGAUAUUGGUGGGUCGUUGCGCAUUCCGGCAUCUGCAACAGGCAUUUUCACUUUGCGGCCAUCACUCGGGCGCUUUCCCACAGGGGGGUGUACCUCGGGCCUGGCUGGUCAAGAAUCAGUCAACAGCGUCAACGGGCCCAUGGGACCAACUUUGUCUGAUCUGAACGUAUUUACCAAGUCAGUAGUCGACGCACAGCCUUGGCUGAAAGAUCCCAAAGCUCUUCCCAUUCCGUGGCGAGAUGUCAAACUGCCGCAGAAGUUGAAGCUCGGUGUGAUCUGGAACGACCGGCAGGUAACUCCUACUCCUCCUGUGCAGAGGGCUUUGAAGGCAACAGUGGAAAAACUCCGACAAGCAGGACACGAGGUUGUGGACUGGGAUGCAAGCACUCACUCCACGGCCCUGAACAUCCUGGCUCGCUUCUUUGUGGCUGAUGGUGGCAAAUCUUGUCGCAAGGCACUUGAACCCGUCAAGGAGCCCUUCUUCCCUGACAUGAAGCCGUACGAAGAGGCCACCGAGAUGGGAUGCUAUGAUCUCUGGCAGUUGCAUCUCGAACGCAACAAAUUGUGCCAGGAAUACAUUGAUCGAUGGGCGGACGCUGGCAUCGAUGGCAUCCUGAGUCCGACAACUCCUUUCAGCACGGUAGAGCAUGGGAAGUAUAAGCAUGUUGGAUACACUGCCAUCUGGAAUAUUCUCGACUAUUCGGCCGUCAACUUCCCCUCUGGCUUCACGGUGGAGGAAGAGAAGGACGGGAUUCCGCAGGACUUUUCGCCGCUGAGCGAUCUGGACAAGGAGAUUAACGGCAAUUAUAACCCGAGCGCCGUCCAUGGAAUGCCAAUCGGACUGCAGAUUGUAGGAAGACGACUGGAAGAGGAGAAGACUCUGGCGAUGACAGGCGCCAUCUUAGACGCGCUGAAGGCGUAA